AUGGCACCAUCAGCAGAUACCUCCUUUGCAGCUCAUGCUGCCAACCAGUUCACAUCAUUUGAGAAAGAUCGCCAGGCUUCAUCUGACGAGACACUCUAUGCAACCAGCAAUGGUGUGCCGAUCCCUCAUCCCUACGAGACUCAAAGGGUAGGAGAGAAUGGACCGCUACUCCUUCAGGAUUUCCACCUGAUCGACCUCCUGUCACAUUUCGACCGCGAGCGGAUUCCGGAGCGAGUUGUCCACGCCAAGGGUAGCGGCGCUCAUGGAUUCUUUGAAUGCACAGAUCCUAUUCCUGAGCUGACCGUGGCGGACAUCUUCUCUGCCAAGGGCAAGAAGUGUCCCAUGACGGUUCGCUUCUCAACAGUCGGAGGUGAAUCAGGCUCGCACGACUUGGCUCGGGAUCCUCGUGGUUUUGCUGUCAAGUUCAGAACUGAGGAGGGCAACUGGGAUCUAGUCGCAAACAACACACCUGUAUUCUUCCUGAGAGACCCAGCCAAGUUCCCUCACUUCAUCCAUACUCAGAAGCGAGAUCCAUCCACACAUUUGACUCACGCCGAUGAUUCAACAAUGUUCUGGGAUUAUCUGAGUCAAAACCCCGAGUCUAUCCAUCAAGUCAUGAUCUUGAUGGGUGACCGAGGCAUUCCUGAUGGUUAUCGACACAUGCACGGAUAUUCGGGCCACACGCUCAAGUUAAUCAACAAGGACGGGGAGUGGGUGUACUGCCAAAUCCAUAUGAAGACUAUGCAAGGAGUCAAGUUCAUCACGCAGGAGGACUCGGCCAACUACUCUCCUGACUACAGCCAGAAGGACCUGUAUGAGGCUAUCCAGCGGGGCGAAUACCCUAAGUGGUCGGUUGAGAUCCAGACCAUGACGCCGCAGAAAGCCGAAGAGGUGUGGGAGACACAAGGAAUCAACGUCUUCGAUCUGACACAUAUUUGGCCCCAAGGCCAGUUCCCGCUCCGCAAGGUUGGCGAGUUCACCCUGAACGAGAACGCGAUCAAUUACUUCGCCGAGAUCGAGCAGGUCGCUUUCAACCCGGCGCACAUGCCGCCAGGCAUUGAGCCUAGUGCGGACCCCGUUCUACAGUCUCGUCUGUUCUCGUACCCGGACACUCACCGACACCGAAUUGGCGUCAAUUACCAGCAGCUGCCAGUCAAUGCGCCACGCACUGGCUUCAAGUACGGCAACUUCCAGCGCGAUGGCCAGAUGGCCUUCUACAACCAGGGUGCGAGACCAGCCUAUCUCAGCAGCAUAGAGCCGAUCAAGUUCCGCAGCAGGACGGUCGAUCUGGACAAGACCCAUGGCCACUUCGUUGGUGACGCCGUGACCUUCUUGUCAGAGAUAAGACCUGAGGAUUUCAAUGCACCCCGUGCGCUGUGGCAGAAGGUCUGGGACGAGCCUGCUCGCGAGCGGUUCAUCAACAAUGUCUCCGGCAAGAUGGAGCUGUGCAAGGAAAAGGAAAUUUUGAAGCGACAGAUUGCCAUUUUCCGCGAGGUUGAUCCUGACAUUGCGACUCGCCUUGAGAAGGCUACUGGCGUCCAGGGGUAUGAUGGUAUUGCGAACUUGCGAUUCAAUGGCACGCACAACGGCAUGACCAAGGAUGCAAAGCUGAAAUAUGCAAACGGCAUCAGCGUUACGUCAGGCAGGAGUGUCACGAAGAACAAUGGCGCUCCGACGAGAGGUAGCCAUCGUGGUGUGGCGAAUGGAGGUUUGAAUGGAGCUGUUAAGGCACAAUGA